AUGCCAAAACAACUCUUUUCAAUCCCCAUCCCCUCCACCAACGGCAGCUUCACCUGCACCAUCCCCUCGGACGCGCAAGAGAACAGCGCCAUCUAUCUGCUCACAUUCACAUCUCCAGCGGACAAUCGCCUCAUCCCCGAAUUCCUGGACACUUUCGUGCUCGCGCUCGACAUCCUCGAACACAAUUACCCAAAGGGCGUACUGAUCACAACCAGCGGAAUCCAGAAAUUCUACAGCAAUGGUCUAGACCUCGAAUCGGCGCUUUCGUCGCCCGGAUUUUUUGAGAGGCAUUUGUAUACGCUGUUUAGACGGCUGUUGACAUAUCCCAUGCCAACAAUCGCACUCAUAAACGGGCACGCCUUCGCAGGCGGCUUCAUGCUCUCCAUGUACCACGACUAUCGCAUCCAGAACCCCAAGCGCGGAUUUCUGUGUCUCAACGAAAUCGCGCUCGGCAUCCCACUCAACCCGCCCAUGCGCUCUGUAUUCAUGCACAAGAUCCAAGACGGCGCCAUAAUCCGCUCCAUGAUUCUCGAAGGAAAACGCUUCACGGCGCAAGAAGCGCUAGAGGGGAAGAUUGUGGAUGGACUAGGUGAGUUAGCGGAGGCAAUUGAGUUUGUGUCGCAGAGAGGACUGCUCAAAAUUGGGGCUUCGCCGAGCUUUGUGCCGUUGAAGGAGAGGUUGUGGGCUGGUGUGUUGGAUUCGAUAGAUAAUCUCAAGGGGUGGGAUGAGGCAGACGAGAAGAGGGCGGGGAGGUCUGUUGCUGCGGCGGAGGAGGGGAAGGGGAGAGUGCUGAAGUGGGAAGGUAAGGCGAAGUUGUGA